GGGUGACCAGAGCUUGGCUCGUCCCUUGACCGGCAGCGUCAUACCCCGCCAGGGUUCGGUCAGCCGCAACGGAAGGCUGUGAGUGAAUUGGGCGUCGCCAGUGCAAGUGGAGCCCAGAAGCUAUUUCCGCAGUUACACUCGCGAAGACGCAGCCUCUCCGCAGAAGCUGAGCCUCUGCGUGCGCCUUAUAUCAUCAGCCCGCGCCUCGUGUCACCUCCUGCCCUCUGCUGGCAAUCCCAACUCUCCGUUCCCCUCCCUUUGUAGCGAACACCUCACCAUGGCAUACAACAAAGGCUUCAACCCAGACAGGCUGCCGGCGCAUGCAGAGCCCGAGCAGGCCGCGCAAAUGCUCUCCCAGGGGUCACGGCCGCCACGAACGUCCAGCGCUCGACCGGACUACAACAAACCCGCCCCCGCGCCACCGCCCUCCACCGCCCAGCAUGCGUACCGCCCCGAGGAGCGCUAUGGCGCGCGGCCACAGAGCUACGAACAGCGCCCUCCGCCAGGCGCGUACAACGACAACCGCCACGACUCGCGCUACGACUCGCGGCCUGCUCAGACGGUGGGCAGCCCCCCGCCCGCGAACUACGGCCACGGCCCUCCGCCACAAGGUUUCCACGGCAGACCGCCGAUUGAGCAGCAGCAGAGACCUCCGCCGACACCUGCGCCGCCGAGGGACGCGAACGACCGCGAUGCGCUGUGGAAGUUGUUCAGGGCUGUCGACAGGGACAGCAGCGGGAGUCUGACCGAGGCAGAGCUGAGGACUGCGCUUGUGAACGGUGACUGGAGUCCCUUCGACCCGCACACUGUGCGCAUGAUGAUCAGAAUGUUCGACACGGACCGCUCCGGCUCCGUAAACUUUGACGAGUUCUGCGGCCUGUGGGGCUUUCUCUCCGCGUGGCGCGGCCUCUUCGACCGCUUCGACGCAGACCACAGCGGCUCCAUUUCCUACGCCGAGUUCAACGAGGCACUGGUUGCCUUUGGAUACCGCCUCUCGCAGCAGUUUGUCACACUGCUGUACACCACCUACGACCGCGGCGGCAAGAACGCCAUGAGCUUUGAUUUGUUUGUGCAGGCGUGCAUCAGUCUCAAGAGGAUGACGGAUGUGUUCAAGAAGUACGACGAGGACAGGGACGGAUACAUCACGCUGAGCUUCGAGGAGUUCCUGACAGGUGCGCAAGCUUUGUUCCUCUUUAACUCGAUUUCCGCGUCGACUGAUACCGGACUGUAUUAGAAAUCAUCCGCCAACGUUGAGCGAAGACGCGGCAUCUGGACUGGCGUAUCGCCGCUGCAGGGGUUCUUGGAGAGCGUCCUGGAGGCGUCGGAGGCGAGGCUGUCGAAUGGCUGUCAGAGCAUUCGAAGGGGGUGGGAUGUGUAGGUCUUCCAGACCUCGUUCGAGGACUGAGCAUUUCCAGCCUAGGGGGCUUCGUUGUUUGGCAUGGUGUACGAAGAGCGUAGCCAUUCGGGCUUGAUGUGGGGAGGAGCAGGAUGAUCUAGAUACCCGUUUUGAGGAUGUGGAAUGACAUUACGAUUUCAAAUUCUUUUGUAGGUCUCUUUCGA